GUUGAGGCUUACCGAGCAAAAGUAGCCGAGAGUCCUCAAAGUAAAAUGGCGGCUGUGUUGUCCAACUGAAGACCACCAGGGUCAGAACCAGCAGGGAUAAACCCAGAGGGUCCAGGGGGGUCAGACCCGGGACAUGGAUUGCCAUCAUUUAAAGGCCAUGGCCCCAGGGAAGCGUGUCCUCACUCUCGCUGAUCAUAUCAGUCAGAUCACAAGUGCCGACAUGAAAUGGAACGCGCCACCAAGGAGUGUAGCUCCUAAUGACUCUUUGAAGAGUGAUUUGUCCAUGUUGGAGCCACCUGACUCUCAUCCUCAGAGGACACCAAGUGAACCGUUACGUGAAACUGACUCCACAGCUUCCACCGUCUCAAUGAAGAGUGAAUCAUCCAUGUUUGAGCCGCCCAGUUUUCAUCUUCAGAGGGCACAAAGUGAACCGUCAAGAGAAACUGACUCCACAGCUUCCACCGUCUCAGUGAAGAGUGAAUCAUCCAUGUUUGAGCCGCCCAGUUUUCAUCUUCAGAGGGGACAGAGUGAACCGUUACGUGAAACUGACUCCAGAGCUUCAAAUGUCUCGAUGAAGAGCGAUUCAUCCAUGUACGAGCCGCCCAGCUUUAAUCUUAAGAGGAAACAUGGUCAGCUGACUGAGGAGAUCUCCAGCUGUUCAGUGUGUGAGGAGGCUGUGAAGGAUCCAGUCCCUUUACUCUGUGGACACCAGUCCUGCAAACAGUGUGUCCCCUCAUUCUGGGACCAGUACAGUUCAACAGCGGUCUACCCCUGCAAGACGUGUGGAAGGAGGUUCAAAGGAGAACCUGAACACCAGACUCAUUCUGAGGACAACAAGAAGAACCUCAACCUGCCUUCAGCAUCACGACCGGCUCCACAAAACACAACUGGACCAGCUGGAAGAGAGAAGAGAGAUCAGGAUCUCCAGUCUGUUCUGCUGGAGAAGACGAUCAAGAGAGUAGAGAUGGAGACGGAGAAGUUACAGGCAGAAAAAGAAAAGUUACAGGCAGAAAAGGAGACGUUUCAGGCAGAAAAGGAGACGUUUCAGGCAGAAAAGGAGAAGUUUCAGGCAGAAAAGGAAAAAUCACAGGCAGAAAAGGAGAAGUUUGAACUUGAGAAAAGGAAACUCGCUUUAGAAAUCCAGUCAUUGGAGCAAAAGGGCAGCUACGACACAUAUCUUCCGUAUUCACUCCCGCGUACGUUAAACCUAGUUUGAACCUGCAAAAAUCAUGAGUUUUCACAUCGUCAGGAGACGAUGUUGCCUUUUUGUUUUUGUCGUUUUUCCUUGUGUGUCCUGUUCGUCAUCAUAAACACACCAGGAUCAAUAGAAAGCAGCAGAUGCACCCAGAGCAUGUGAGCGGAGCUGAGCGGCGAGAAUUUCCGCUCCCCGCUUAUGUGGCUGUUCGCUCCAUCACUCAAAGUUAUACCAGACAGCUCCGCUCAAAGACCGCUCUCCGCUCACCUAAAAUUUCAGUCAGCUCGGUGAAAUCGCUCCACACUCGCUCAAAUUUAAAAGAGGGAGGAACUCCUGACGUUUUCCACCGAAUUAGUCUGGGACACACGUACAGCGGCUCUGUAGCUGGAGAGAGCCUGUCGAUUGAAACCCUUUUCAGUUUGUAAAGAACAGUAGAUCGUUUUGGGCUGUCACCUUGUCCUCUUUCUGUGUUCCGUCUGUUUGAGCCAGUGGAUGUCCUUGUACUGCCAGCGGUAUCGGAACAGAACUGGAGCGAAACAGAACCAUCAGUCUGGCCUUUGGAUUAAAACCCGCUCCGGACUGCGCUCCACUCACAUGCCCUGGAUGCACCUCAUCAGUCCAGAAGAUGUUUCAAAUUAGUUUUUAACAUAAAACAAAACAAACUACACAAUAUUUCUGAAAUAGACGAAUGAUAUUUCUGGAGGUGAUAAUUGAACCUGCUAGCGAGACAUCUCACUUGUUUCUUAUGUUUGAGUUUCACAUGCAGAUAACGAAUCAGAUGCUGGAAUGCAGAGAAGCUGCUAAACAACAGUUACUCUCUUAAUGUCUUCACCUUCAGCCUCUUUUUCAAACAGCACUGACUGACGCUGUUGAAGUGCUGCUUAUAUGAAGACAGAUAUGAAAAUAUUAAUAUGUCGGCUGCCUUCAACUUUAACUAGCAUCAUAUCAUCAUGUUCAGCAUUGAUGGUGAGUUGAUGAGGAGUUCUGAGUCUUCUUUAAACAGUCUGUUGAUGUUUUAUGUUUUUAUGUUUUGUCUUGUGCGAAAGCUUUUUUAAUGAGUCCAAAAUCAUUUCUUUAAAUAUGUGAGUGUGUGUCUGAUGUGUGUGGUCGUCCAGAACAGGUCAAACACUCCUCUGUCCUGGUUCUGUUCUGACGGUCCUGUAAACUUUCUGUGGAUACUAAAGUCUGUCCUCACACAGCUGAUGAGCUCGGAUAGACAAGCCUGUAAUUAAUGUAACUCAGGUUUAUAAUCCGGUUAAUGACCAGGAAGUGUAAGUUGUAUUUAUGCUGGUGGCAGUGGUUCACCUGACGUUACGUUUACUGAUGUUAUGUUUACUGACGUUAUGUUUACUGACGUUAUGUGGAUGGAUAAUCAGGUGGAUGCUGUUUUUACCGACAUGUUAUCUGGAUGUUUGUUAUGUGAAGGAGAUGAUAACUUGUUGAGGCUUCACUCCACAAAUGUGUAUUUUAUAUCAUGAUUUAUAGAAUGAUGUCAUGUUGUUUUUAUUACCUUAAACAAACAAACGUACAGCUGCAACACAAAGAAACAUUCAGCUUUAACAUUUUUCAUAUUAAACAUUUGACUUGCACAAAUAAACUCUACUUGUACUUUACCUUUAACUUGAUAUAUUUUCAUGUAACCUCUUAAUACAGUUAUCCAGUUUACUGAUUUAUUUUGUUGACAUAUAUCUGAUUGCGUAUAUUAAAAGGAUCAUUUGGAUCAAAGGAUCAUACUACUGAUUGUCUAACAUUUACUUACUUUAACUUCAAUAAAAACAUUAUUAUAAAAA